UGAUAUGUGUGUUAUUAUCUGCCAUCGCCAGUGAUCGCCAGUCAAGGUCGGAUAGCUGGAGAGUAGUGAGUUCAGUCAUUUUUAUUCACGGCUGAGCUUUAUACACUUAUUUAAAUAUUCUGCAUCGAACAAGUGCGGAAUCUUAUUUUCAACAAUCAGUAAGCUUUGCAUUUAUCAUGGAGGUACACGCCCGUGCUCCAGAUCCUUUAACAAUAGAAGGCGAUAUGGCCAGCAACUGGCAAAGCUGGAAAGAAGAUUUUAUUAUAUUCAUGAAUUUAACUGGAUAUAUUGAUAAACCUAAUGAAAUCCGCGCAAAUCUUUUAAAAAAUCGGAUUGGAAAAGUUGGUAUUGAUGCAAUACAAAAUUUUUCUUUUGACAAUGUGGAAGAUAGAGAUAACAUGGAUAUAUUGAUUGAAAAACUUGAAAACUAUUUUAAUCCACCAAAAAAAGAGGUGGUUGAACGAUAUCAUUUUUUUACAAGAGUAAAGAAACAAAAUGAGACUAUUGAACAAUAUAUAAAUAUUUUAAAAGAAAAGGCUAAAACUUGCAACUUUAAUGAUAUGCUAGAUAGCAUGAUACGAGACAAAAUUAUUCUUGAAACUCAUGACAAAAUAUUGCGUAAAAAAUUUUUCGAAGCAGACAAUUUAGAUUUGCCGAAGCUGGUAGCAAUUUACCACGACUACAACAUUAAUACGGAAAAAAUGAAACAAGUUACUAAAGAAACGAGGGUAGACUCAAGUGUUACAUCAAAAUCAUCAGAUAAUAUUGUAAAGAGAGUUUGUUGGAGAUGUGAUGAGCAGCAUCCACUUGGGAAGUGUCCUGCUUGGGGAUCGAAGUGCACAAAAUGUGGUGACACAAAUCACUUUACCCAAUGCUGCAAGAAUUUUAAAUUUAAGAUGAAUAAGAUGAAUAAAAAUUUACUGGAUCCAACAGCGCAACAAACAAAAUUGAACUUAAAGAAUAAUGAUAAAUGGAAUAAUCAAACAGAUUCCGAAGUUAAAACUAAGGAUUCAAUGAAUAAAACGAUUUUUCCUGAUGUUCCGACAACAAAUUUAAAUUACAUUAAUACAACGAAUUACUCAACACAUUUGCCCAAAAGUACACAGUACAGUUAUUCAUAUACGCAUUUAACUCAACCAGGCGGGACAAUUCUCGAUUUACGUAAUAGAGAUGCAAAUGUUCAACCUAAACAGACGAAAACACCAAGUGCAAGUACUUCACAAGAAAGGUACAAAUCCAAUUCUUUUUUUGAAACACCGAUUAAUGCACGAAUUCCAAAGAAUAAGUUCCAAAAGAAAAAACCAGACGAUUCUUGUAUAUUAUCCUAAAUCUUUCAUAUACACAUAUACAUAUAUUGCAUAUUAUAUCUUUCAUAUAUAUCUUAUGAAUAUAUCUUGUAGAGUUAGCAAAAAUUUUAAUUUGUUGUAAGGGGAUCCUGAAGCCGUUCUGUUUUACCAUUUCAUUCUGUGAUAAAAUAAUCUAAUAAAAUAAAUGUUCGAACUGA